AUGUCGAGCCGCGGCGCCUGCCGGCAAUCCCGACGUUUCGCCCACCGCGAGAGCGAUGCGGAAGUGGACGUGGGGGAUCGCAUGACUACUUUCAGAGACAUCACGCAACACUACAGAUUGAAGAGAUACUUCACGGCGGUGGGCUACGCGGGCUCUCAUCGGCUGAACGAGCAGGAUAUCGGUGCCGUGCUACCGUUUGCCAUACGCUACCUGACGCCAUCGGUCGUCUCCAUCAUCGGCCUGGGUGCCAUCACGUCGGCCGUGAUGUCCUCCGCCGACUCGUCGGUGCUCAGCAUAGCCUCGCUGAUCAGCAAGAACGUCUAUUACACCAUACUGAGACCACGAGCGAGCGGCAACGAGAUGGCCAUCGUGGUUCGUGCCAUGGUGUGCGUCGUGGGAGUGGCGGCUACCAUUAUGGCACUCAGCGUGCAAUCUGUGUACGCACUGUGGAGCCUGUCGGCGGACGUCGUGUACGUGAUGCUCUUCCCGCAGCUGAUGUGCCUCUUCUACAUGCAGCGCACCACCAACACGUACGGGCUCAUCUCGGGCGUACUGGUAGGCGUUGUGUCAAGGGCGCUGUGCGGCGAGCCGUCCAUGAGCGUGCCAGUGGUGGUGAAGCUCCCGUUGUAUGACGAGCAGCUGGGCAUGCAGAAAUUUCCGCACCGGACACUCUGCAUGUCCUUGAAUCUGCUCACUACCGUCGCCAGCUCCGCCCUCUGGGAGAAACUCUUCGCGUGGGGCAUCAUGCCCAAGUCUCUCGACUGCUGCAGGUGCUUCGUCCCCGCGGACCAGUCACAGCAACAGUCCGCCGUUGCCAUGCCGGAAAAGAAGGCUUUGGACGUGAAGUCGGCGACCGCGAUGCCACCGAAAUCAAGAGACGCCACUCCUGCUGACACCUGUGAAGAUGCCACUAGCCACGAAACAAAGGUUUCACCGAGAUGGAAGGUUGCAACACCCUCGAGCAUGGAGCCAUCCAGGACUGCGCCCGAGCGUGUCGCGACCAAAAGCGCAACGGAGCUGACACCCUCAAAUGCCGCACCCACGCCAGGUCCCACAGAUGAGCUGCCGCCGCAGCCGCCCAAGCUAAAGCCGAAGAGGUCGAAAAUCUCCAAGACCCCAAAGAAAACGAUCUAGAGCUGCGGCAACGACGGGUCUUUCAUGGCAUAGGAUGGGGCAUAAGCCGUAUUUUCCAUGUGAGCGCCCAGAGCCCUGGCGACCAAUGAAGUGUUUUCCUUUCGUUUGCGACGACGACGGACUCGCUCUGUUGCCUUGUCGUGGCACAAGCCUCAUCCUCCCACAAAGACCCGUGUGUUGUGGCUAUGCCCGUCUGUUGCGCCCCCUGAGACUUCAUACUUUUCACAUUGCACCUGUUUUUAUGUGUCUAAUUCCACAUCUUAUUUCGCAUCGUCUGCGGUUAUUCGACACCUGUAUAGUUUAGGUUGGCGUGCAUUGUACUCUUAGUUCGUUUUCAUUACCUUUGAUGUUUUUUGCUUUCAGUAUGAUAUUUACAUCUCUCUGAUCAAUGUAGGAAGCAUACUACGAUGGGCGCUUGGUAUUGAUCGCGAGAUAAAUAUAUGAAUUGCCUGCAGCAGUAUACGUGUAAGUUUCAACGGUGGCGGCUGUUGCUAAUUUGGGUGAAAUGUCCGAGCAGCAUCUUCACUCGCCAAGCAAAUGCGGAACAGCAAGUGUAAUGAAAGCGCAAGAACGGCAAGGGGCACCUAUCGUAAUAAGUCGUUCAUUGUUGCGUAUGUUGUAAAACAGUAACAAGAUCUAGAAGGCUAGCUUGUCUUAGAGAAUGACCAUUCGGAUAGGCGUUGCUAACAGCGGCAUCCAGAGUUCUUUUUGUGCACUUCAGUAGAAGCUGCGCAAUUCGAAGCCAGACUAUCACAGCACACUUUUGUACUAUCGAGCCUAUGUUGCAAUGCGAAGCCAUUAGAUAGCGAUCUUCUCGACAGGAAUAAUUACUUUCCAGUAAUCAUGUUUUUUUUGUUCUUUUCUUUGCCAAGAGUGCCUCGUUCUUGCCACUCAUGAACUCUAAUUAAAAGCUCGCGUGCCUCAUCUUUACGUCAGCAUUAAGACAUCUUUGGUGACGAAAAUAUGAAAUUCUAUCCCCAAGAUGGCCACCUUGUGACUUCUAAUAAAAACGAGGGCACCAACCA